GAGAAUGCAAGUUUUAAGACACUCCCUCACAAUUCUAAAUAUUUGAUGCACAGUAAAGCUACUGCUCACCAGAACCUGAAAAUAACCUUAAAGGAUAUGCUGCACAUAAACGUGAGUCUUUAUGACGGAUCACAUUGUGCCUUUAAAUACAUUAAAGUGAGCUCCUUCUCUGCAGCUCUUUGUGGAGGCACAGUGAAGAAUGCCACAGUGGGGCGGGUGCUCUCCCCUUCGCCCCACCACGGGCCCAACGCCACCCAGGACCGCUCCUGUUCCUGGUCCCUGGAGGCCCCCAAGGACCAGAGGCUGCACCUCCACCUGGAGAGACUGACCCUGGGACCCACUGACAGGUUGGUUCUGUGGAGCGGGCUGGACGCUGGCUCCGUGGUUCUGUUUGACUCGGGUCGGGGGGGUCAGAUCCCCUUUGAGGGGGUCAUCAGUGAAGGACCGGCUGUGAGGAUCCAGUUCAUCACGGACCAGCCCAACCACAACACGGGGUUCAACAUCCGCUACGAAGCUUUCGAGCGAGGUCACUGCUACGAGCCGUACCUCCAGAACGGGAACUUCACGACCUCUGACCCGCUGUACGGCGUCGGGGCCGUGAUCCAGUUCACGUGUGACCCGGGUCACGCUCUGGAGCAGGGCCCCCCCGUCAUCGAGUGCAUCAGCGCCAGGGACCCGUACUGGAACGACACGGAGCCGCUGUGCAAAGCCCAGUGUGGUGGUGACCUGACUGGUCCCGGUGGGGUGAUCCUGUCUCCUAACUGGCCCGAGUGGUACGGAGAGGGGGAGGACUGCAGCUGGAGGAUUCACGUCGGAGAGGACAAGCGGGUUCUUCUGGACGUACAGCUACUGAACAUCAGCGACAGCGACAUGUUGACCAUCACCGACGGCGACGAGGUCACGACUCGCAUCCUCGGGCGCUACGUGGGAGGAAGCGGCCCCUUCAAGCUCUCCUCCACCACCCCCGACCUCACCGUCACCUUCCACUCCGACCCAGCGGGGCUCGUCUUCGGCAAGGGCGAGGGCUUCAUCAUCAACUACAUGGGUGAGGGUUCAAAGCUGCACCAGCAAGAGGCCUGUUCUACCUUUACUGUGACAAUAUAAGUGUGAAUGAGAGGAUCAUACGUGAUGAUCUAAAUGUUUCGUAUCGUCAACUAAUCCACGAAAAGACCCAAAAGAGACAAAACCUUUAGUCCUUCUUCUUAAUACUUCCUGACUUCCUGUCUGUGGCUCUCAGCUUUAAGCCCAUUGGUUCCUACUGAAGAUGUCAAUUUUUAAAAACACAAUUAUAUAGUUGCAUUUAAAAAAUAACUAAUUUUUCCAUUUCCACUUCAUCACAUCACUCUGUGCUCCCUCCAGCAAACUGUUUUAUUAAUCCGCCGCUGAAAA